UUAGGUAUUUUGGUAUUUUAUUAGGAUCCCCAUUAGCUGUUGCGAAAGCAGCACAUUGAAGAAAACUACAUGAACAUUGCACAGCUAAAUAAUUUCAAUCAAUUGAUUUAUUGAUGGAUUAUUGAUACCUCCAACCUGCUGGUACAAGACACUUUAUUUUAUUGCCUGAGCAAUCUGAACAGACACAAUUCCCCCCCAGUAAAACUGAGAGCAGAAAUUAUCUGUGAUGUUGGACUUCAAAAUGAAGGAGCUGUGUCGAAUCUGUGCCCGUGAGCUCUGCGGUAACCAACGGCGAUGGAUCUUCCAUCCCGCCUCCAAACUCAACCUGCAGGUGCUGCUGUCCCACGCUCUGGGCAUAGAGCUGACCCGCGAUGGCCGUGGGGAGUUCGCCUGCUCCAAAUGUACCUUCAUGCUGGACCGCAUGUACCGUUUCGACACGGUGAUCGCCCGUGUGGAGGCCCUGUCCCUGGAGCGCCUGCACAAGCUGCUGCUGGAGAAGGACCGGCUUAGACAGUGUAUAGGAGGCCUCUACCGGAAGAACAAUACUGAGGACCAGACCCCGGAUCAGACUGGGAUGGGGAUGGGGCUGGUGGGUACUGGGGAACGAGGGACAGAGGGUGGUGGGCGGUCUGAGGGUGACUCCCCAGUGGUGGACCUCUCAGCCCUGCAGGAGGCCAGGUACAGCGCCCUGCUCCAGGACGACCUGGCCUACUCUGUGUACGAGUCCUGGGCCGACCACGAGGACCAACAGAGCCCAGCCCCAGAGCCCCAGCACCAGCACCACACCCAGCAUCAUCACCCUCAGUGCCCAGGAUCAGAGACUCUCUCUGGGCAUCGCUCCAGGCGGUGCAGGGGAUGCGCCGCUCUCCGUGUGGCCGAUUCUGACUACGAGGCUGUGUGUAAGGUCCCUCGGCGGGUGGGCAGGAGGAGCACGUCUUGUGGACCCUCUACCCGGUACUCAGGCAGCACCAUGGGGGGCGAGGAGACCUCCACAGGGUCAGAGUCCACGCCUGUCCCCUCCGAGUCCCCUCCCAUGGAACCAGAGAGCGACAGGACGCUGUGUGACGGGGACCCAGAGAGGAUGACCCUCAGCCCGGGCACGUCGGUAGAAUCUCUGGACACAGCCGUGGACGUGGCUCGGCCCUGCGCCGCCCACCGAGAGGAAGAGGAGAGAGAGAGAGGAGAGAAAGAGCCAGGGAGGGCUCAGAGAAGGGACCCCCACCUCCAGUGGGAUGAGGCCCCCAGGGACAGGUCAGUCUCUGGGUUGACCCUGGAGCUGGCUCUAAGUCUAGUGAGGAACUGCGAGUACAGACCUCUAAAGUCCCCUCAAGGCAGCAAGCUCCCUAUCCUAGUUAAACCCAAACUGGAGACGGGUCUCCCCCUGUCCCUCAGGACCCCAGAGUAUUACCUCUACUCCCACCCUGCCAUCCCAGAUCUGGUGACCCCCAGCAGUCAGCAGGAGCUGCAGACAGAGCUGUCAGAGAUGGAGGAGCAGUGGCUGGAUGACUAUGUGCAGUGUGGGCCCUUCCGCUUCCAGCAGGUAGCUAGCAGGACCAUCACCAGCCCCAGACACACUGGAACUACCAAACCCAGAUUAAGGAGCUUGGAUUGGGGAGGAGAUCAGCUUCUAUAGGCCUGGCCCUGGAUAGAGCUUAAUUCUGCCAGAUUUCCCCUAGUGAUUUGUAGAAUGUCCACAUAGGCUGUGAUAUUGCAGUUGAGAUGGAUCCUCUCCAGCUAAUCUGCAGUUUCAAUGUCUAUUAUUUAAUAUGAAUGAAGAAGGCCAAGGCUUUUGGCUGUAUUUGAUUGGCUGUUUUAGUCAUCCCAUAAGCCAUCCGCCAAUCACACAGCUGAACACAGCUGGCCCCUUUGAUUACCACUCUCAUCGCUAUCCUAGCAACAUGGCCGUAGCCAUGGCAGCGGUUGCUAUAUGAACAACGAUGCCUCGUGUUAGACAGGCUCUUUGUCAUGUUAAUAGUUAUCCAGUUGCUGGCCUCGUCUGUCAGGCUCAUAGUGUAGACACAUGGCUAGGAAUGAGUCUACCCAUACUCUGAAAUAAUGGUAUGUUGAUAAGCAUGACUCAGGGAGUUUACUGGGUUGUUGAUUCACUAAGCCCAUGGAACAGCAUCCAGUCAUUAGAGCCCAGCUUGAGUCCUCUGUGUAUGUAUGUGUGUGUGUCCUACCAGUAAUGAGUUUACAGGACAGUAUGUGGGAGCAGAUGUUAUCACGCAUAUCCCAGGUGAAAGUCUAAAGAGCCGGUGGCUAUUAGAGACCAUACAGACCAAAAUAGUCCCUCACAAUCAGAAAGAUAGCCCUUCUUAGAUGGAACCCUGGAGUUGUGGUUUAUUUUAAACCCCAACAGGCUGGGUGGUUGUACAGAUCAAUCUGUAUCUGUACAUCUGAAAAACAACAAACAGGAAAUAAACACCACGCUGCCGUGGAAACAGGGAAUUCUUCCUCAGGAAGUGAUCGAGCAGCGAGCUAGCUGACCUCAUCACUUUCCACUCUCACACACAGCUGCAUGGGAAGUGUGUGUGUGUGUGUGUGUGUGUACUUCUAUGUAUUAACCUAGACCUCUGUGUGUGUGUGUGGUGUAUGUGUGUGUGUGUGUGUUAACCUGGACCUCUGUGUGUGUUGUGUGGUGUUUCAGAAACUGCUAGAUGAGCAGCAGGGCCAGUUGUCCCAGUACGAGAGUGCUGCAGGUCACUGUGUUGGUGAGCUCCUGAAGGCUCAGCUACAGGUCCACUCUCUACAGGCCAAGAUCAGAGAGAGCGAGGCCAGGAACCAGGUACCACGGCCCCCUCAGACACUCAACAUUUCUGUAGCUCUUCCUAUUUUUACAUUACUAAGUAUACUAUGUAUUCAAUGUUUUAAAAAAUAAAAUCAAAAUUGAACAUUUGAAUUAAAGGCCUGUUUAUAAAGUAUUUAUAAACAUGAUUACAUCAUUUGUGAACUGUUAUAUUCUAUAUAAUGUUUUGCCUGGCUCUGACGUGUCCGUGACUGUGUCGUGUAGAAGCUGCAGGUGCAACUGGGGGACAUGGAGUGUGAGCUGCGCUUGGUCAGAGAGGAGGCACAGAGACAGGAACGAAACGUCCUCAACCUCACUGACACUGUCAACAGCAAGGAGACUGAGGUACGGAGGGAUGGAGGGAGGUAUGGAGACGGAGGGAGGGAGGGAGAUGGAGGGAGGGAGGGAGGGAUGGAGACGGAGGGAGGGAGGGAGGUAUGGAGACGGAGGGAGGGAGGGAGAUGGAGGGAGGGAGGGAGAUGGAGGUAUGGAGACGGAGGGAGGGAUGGAGACGGAGGGAGGGAGGGAGAUGGAGGGAGGGAGGGAGGCAAGAAAAUAUAUUGACAAAAAGGAUUCUGCAUGCCACUCAAUGUAUUUCUUUCCACCACUGAUGAACAAUAGGUUAGUUAUAAGGUACUUGUGUUUUGUGUGUCUCUCUCAGGCAGCAGAGUUAUACCGGGUCAUAGAGGAACAGAACAACAUGCUGUGUUCUCUCAAAGAGCUGGCCAACAGGAACCAGCUCCAGACUCUACAGGUCAAUCACACCAAAAUGCCCUGAAUAAAAUCAGCAGCUGACGCACUUAGACACUCCGUAUAGAGCACAGGAGGCUGGUGGCACCUUCAUUAUUGGGGAGGACGGGCUCGUGGUAAUGACUGGAGCGGAAUAGUGGAAUGGUAUCAAAUACAUCAAACACAUGGUUUCCAAGUGUUUGAUGUCAUUCCAUUUGCUCCGUUCUGGCCAUUAUUAUGAGCCCGUUCUCCCCUCAGCAGCCUCCUGUGGUAUACACUAUGCCGUAAUCUACACUGGAAAACACCCACUAUUUAAAAAUCCUUAACAGUUAGUGUUUUAUAAUGACAAUGGGUUCUGGUAGUAAAGCCAGAAAGAGUGACGGGGUAUACAGAAAGAGCACAGCUGACCCCUGCUCACAGCACACUAGAUCUAAUAAAAAGCUCUCUGAAGGCGUCCUCUGUAUACCCCGUCACUCUUUCUGGCUUUCCCUCCACCCCACCCCUUCUUUUCCUCUGCAGGUGUCUGGGGCGGAGUCAAUGCGAGGGCAGGGGAAGGCGCUGGCCCUCCAGGGCUCUCUGUUCCAGGCCCAGCUGGAGCUGCAGGCAGGCCAGAGGGCCCAGCGGCAGGCUACCAGGAGGGAGGAGGACCUGACCAGAGCCCUGACCCGCCUGGAGCAAGACCUGCAGGGGGCCAUGGAGCACAGACACAGCACUGACAGACACAACCAGGUUUGUGUAUUUGCUUGUGUGUAAACAUGUGUGUGUUUGUAUGCGACUGACUGUGUGAUGCUACCUGUCUCCUUUAGGACUUGCAUCUGGCGCUGGAGAAAGUUCGCUCCGAGCUGCAGCAGAGAAAGGAACAGCUGAAAGAAAAGGAGGGAGAGAGACUGAGAGAGGAGGAGGAGAUGGAGAAGACCAUCAGAGAGCUGAGGACCUCGCUUCAGAGCAAAACGCAGCUUGUGCAGGUCAGACACACAGAGACACACACACACACACACACACACACACACACACACACACACACACACACACACACACACACACACUCCCUCACGCAACCCUGUCCCUGUCUCUCAGGAGUACUCAGAGUUGUUGGACCAGCAGCAGGAGCCCAGGGACAAGAGGGAUUCUCUCCUCACCAAACUGAAAGAGCGCAUCAAGGAGAGAGACAGAGCACUGGAGGUGAGACACAUUCUCUACCAGAGUUGAACCCCGAAGAACAACAACUGCAGCUAUUACAUCAAACUCAUGAUACAGCAGGGCAUGAUAGCAGUGAUUGACAGCUGUGUUCCCAUAGAGACGCGUUAUAUUGUUCUAUUUCAUUAUGUUCCCUCCCAUCAGCGAGCAGUAGAUGAGAAGUUCCGCUGUGUGGAGGAGAAGGAGGGAGAGCUGCGCCAGCUACAGCUACUGCUGAGAGAGAAGGAGAGAGACCUGGAGAGACAACGUUGUGUACUGUCCAACAACGAAGAGACCAUCAUGGUACUGAUUAACACAAACACACACCACACUAAAAUAAACACACACACACACACCACACUAGCAUAAACACACACACACACACACAACACUAAUAUAAACACACACACACACACCACACUAAUAUAAACACACACACAUACACACACCACACUAAUAUAAACACACACACACACACACACACACACCACACUAAUAUAAACACACACACAACACACAGGCAUACACGCACACACACACACACACUGGUUACUGAAUUUGUUAUAUAUUUCUCUAUGUGUGUGUGUGUGUGUGUGUGUGUUAAAGAGUCUGGAGGUGCUGGUGCGUGGGAAAGGUCUGGAGCAGGAGCAGGUGUGUGAGGCGUGGAGGAGUGUACAGUGCCAUCACGCAGACAGUGAGGAGAGACACAGCCGCAGCUUGAGAGAGAGAGACACACUCAUCAGCCAGCUACAGAACGCCCUGCACACACGCACCAAGGAGGCUGAGGUAAGACACAGUAGACAUGGACACUGUAGACAUGGACACAGUAGACAUGGACACAGUAGACAUGGACACGGUAGACAUGGACACUGUAGACAUGGACACAGUAGACAUGGACACUGUAGACAUGGACACAGUAGACAUGGACACAGUAGACAUGGACACGGUAGACAUGGACACAGUAGACAUGGACACUGUGGACAUGGACACAGUAGACAUGGACACAGUAGACAUGGACACAGUAGACAUGGACACGGUAGACAUGGACACAGUAGACAUGGACACAGUAGACAUGGACACUGUAGACAUGGACAUGGACACAGUAGACAUGGACACAGUAGACAUGGACACAGUAGACAUGGACACAGUAGACAUGGACACAGUAGACAUGGACAUGGACACAGUAGACAUGGACACAGUAGACAUGGACACUGUAGACAUGGACACAGUAGACAUGGACAUGGACACAGUAGACAUGGACACUGUGGACAUGGACACAGUAGACAUGGACACAGUAGACAUGGACACAGUAGACAUGGACACAGUAGACAUGGACAUGGACACAGUAGACAUGGACACUGUGGACAUGGACACAGUAGACAUGGACACAGUAGACAUGGACACAGUAGACAUGGACACAGUAGACAUGGACACGGUAGACAUGAACACAGUAGACAUGGACACAGUAGACAUGGACACAGUAGACAUGGACACAGUAGACAUGGACACUGUAGACAUGGACACAGUAGACAUGGACACAGUAGACAUGGACACAGUAGACAUGGACACUGUAGACAUGGACAACUGUAGACAUGUAGACUGACAGCCGUAGACAUGGACACAGUAGACAUGGACACUGUAGACAUGGACACAGUAGACAUGGACACAGUAGACAUGGACACAGUAGACAUGACACUGUAGACAGUGGGCACAGUAGACAUGGACACUGUAGACAUGGGACACCCCAAAAGUCAGAACAUGGACACAGUAGACAUGGACACAGUAAACAUGGACACUGUAGACAUGGACACAGUAGACAUGGACACAGUAGACAUGGACACAGUAGACAUGGACACUGUAGACAUGGACACAGUAGACAUGGACACAGUAGACAUGGACACAGUAGACAUGGACACAGUAGACAUGGACACGGUAGACAUGGACACGGUAGACAUGGAUACAGUAGACAUGGACACAGUAGACAUGGACACAGUAGACAUGGACACAGUAGACAUGGACACAGUAUUUGAACGAGAAAUAAGGAUUGGAGCUUAUCUGUCGAAUGAACAGAAUAUAGAAAAACUAUUUCUCUGUGAUUCUUCACACUACAAUUAUUAAAUUAUAUAUAUGAUUUAUUUCUCUCUCUCCCUCUCCCUCUCCCUCCCUCCUCCCAGGACCUGACUGGAGCCCUGCUAGGUAAGGUGAAGGCAGGUCCCAGUGAGGUGGUGGAGGAGCUGAAGGCUCGCCUCUCUCUGAAGGAGAAACUGUUCCAGGAACUGCUGUCCGACCGUAGCCGCCAGGCCCAGGAGCACCACACACUGGUUCAGGACCUGCUCAACACCAUCAACACCAGGGACCAGUACAUCCAGGUAAUACAACCCAAAUGACCUGAGAACUGUGGUAGGGUCUUACAGUUCCCCAGUACAGAAGAGAGAAUAGAGAGGGAGAGAGUUUUUUCCAUGAAGAAGCUGUAUUGAGUCAGAUCUUUGAAUCCCCCAAAAUCUCUAUCCUUUCCCUCCCCCUCCCUCCCAUCUCCUCCCCCUCCCUCCCGUCUCCUCCCCCUCCCCCUCUCUCGUCCAGGACUCGGCAGGUCGUCUGGGUGAGGUGAUGAGUGAGCAAACUGAACGUCUCCAGGAGCUCCGCAGACAGCUAACCUCUGGCUCCCAGGCCUACGGGUCUCAGCUAGGCCUCCAGGGUCCAGACCUCCAGGGGACCAGCCAGAACUUCCAGGCCCUGCAGGAUGAGCUGCGUCUGGCCCUGAGGAGGGAGAGGGAUGCCCAGGCUGAGCUCACAGCCCUCAGGACCAUGGCAGGCCAGACAGACAGGCCAGUCGACAGACAGGCAGAGUUUGGAGGUGGGCAUCAGAGGAGCAUGGGGCUCUGUUUGUAGUGGCACCUUCUGGGCUACAGGGGGCAGCACUGUUUUCUUUUCUAAUAGAGUUUGGGGUGUGGUGUAUGGGUUUACUAAUGUGUCUGCUAACAUGGGUUUCUUGGUUCUCGGGUGAUGAUGCUAACCAUAGUUAAGACUUGGCAAUAUCUGCAAGACAAUGUUAUUUAUAUAUUAGCUAAUUGAUUUUUAUAUUUGCAAUUAUAAAUGUUGAUGUUUUAAUUGUGUUAUGUAUUCGUUUUUCUGUGCAGUAGCUUGUGUAUCAAACGCUUCUCUAAAUGUAUAACUGGUAGACAGAGAAACAGAGAGGGAAGGUAGGAGUUAUGUUUACAUGCAGAACAUGGAAUUUUUAACUUUGUAUGAUAGUGUCAAUAGCAGCAUGUGUUUUAAAGUUAUGUUGUGACUUUUGCUAUUUAUACUAAUAAUAUGUGUGUGCCUUUGCAUGUUCAACUGCAUGUACCAUGGUGGUUAUAUUAUAUACCAUGUGAUGGUAUUGUGUUUAUAUACCAGUCUCUGCAACUCAGAUUUUAGUAGAAUAUCUAACAAUGACUGCCGUCUGAAAUGUGUGCUUCAAUUUGAUGAUAAGUUAUGUUAGCUUUUGCAAGAGUACAGUACAUUUUUAACAGCCAUGAAUAACUAUAAAACAUUGUCUGAAUGCCACACUAUAAGGAGCCCAGAAUGUUCCAUAUGACACAUAUUAUCCACUCCUGGACUAGAGGUGUGUUUAAUCUUCAUCCUUCCUCCCAGAGACAUUACCCAUCAUGUUCGUCUCUAAAAGAGAAACCAUCUGAUAACUUGGCUUUUCCACAGUCUGCCAUCUGAGUCACAAACACAAUAAGAUAAUUAUCACUAGAACACAGUAAACACCCUGACGACCAUGAUGUUGACAAGCUUAAUAAACAAACUUGUGUUAUUCUGUCGGGUUUAUAUGGUGUUUAUGGUGGGCUUGGUUCAGCUGUCCCUCCCUUCCUGACCUACUCCAUAAACAUUGUCUACAUGGGUUGUACACUGGUCAUAAACAUAUAUAUAUAUAUAUAUAUAUAUAUAUAUAUAUAUAUAUAUAUAUAUAUAUAUAUAUAUAUAUAGCCAGUCACAUUAAGCUCAAUCUCUGUCAAUAGGGCUGAUUCUUUGUCUGUUACAGUUGAUUCACAGUUGUUUCUAGCCAGAGAAGCAGAUAGCUAAGUAUAGGUAGAGCUAACUUGUAGAUACAGGGCAUGUUACCCUAGAAAUACAUUGCGUGUGUGCAUGACUGCAUAUAACAGUAACAUAUACACAAAAUCCUCCCAAUUUCAACAGUAAAAUGCUCCAAUUGCAUUACUCUAUUUGAUUAUUUGAAGGGCAACGACAUUACAUAGAAACAAGGGUAGACUUUCCUAGUUGCAUGUAGACACGUCAAUCAGAUCUCCCUAAUCACACCUAAAAGGGAACUCUCUAAUCCUCAGAGCCAUGCUAGACCAAUGAGCAGAGUGAUCCCUCCUGCUGGCCACACCUCUCCUUUAUGCCUGCCCCACAGCGUAGCAUCUGUGAAAAUAAUCUAUGGAGUAUUGUAUCACUCAGGACUGUAUCACUCGGCUGUCUGACAGUACAAGAUUACAGCCAUCUAGUGCUUAGACAUACAGUGGGGAAAGAAAGUAUUUAGUCAGCCACCAAUUGUGCAAGUUCUCCCACUUAAAAAGAUGAGAGAGGCCUGUAGUUUUCAUCAUAGGUACACGUCAACUAUGACAGACAAAAUGAGAAAAAAAAUUCCUGAAAAUCACAUUGUAGGAUUUUUUAUGAAUUUAUUUGCAAAUUAUGGUGGAAAAUAAGUAUUUGGUCAAUAACAAACGUUUCUCAAUACUUUGUUAUAUACCCUUUGUUGGCAAUGACACAGGUGAAACGUUUUCUGUAAGUCUUCACAAGGUUUUCACACACUGUUGCUGGUAUUUUGGCCCAUUCUUCCAUGCAGAUCUCCUCUAGAGCAGUGAUGUUUUGGGGCUGUCGCUGGGCAACACGGACUUCCAACUCCCUCCAAAGAUUUUCUAUGGGGUUGAGAUCUGGAGACUGGCUAGGCCACUCCAGGACCUUGGAAUGCUUCUUAUGAAGCCACUCCUUCGUUGCCCGGGCAGUGUGUUUGGGAUCAUUGUCAUGCUGAAAGACCCAGCCACGUUUCAUCUUCAAUGCCCUUGCUGAUGGAAGGAGGUUUUCACUCAAAAUCUCACGAUACAUGGCCCCAUUCAUUCUUUCCUUUACACGGAUCAGUCGUCCUGGUCCCUUUGCAGAAAAACAGCCCCAAAGCAUGAUGUUUCCACCCCCAUGCUUCACAGUAGGUAUGGUGUUCUUUGGAUGCAACUCAGCAUUCUUUGUCCUCCAAACACGACGAGUUGAGUUUUUACCAAAAAGUAAUAUUUUGGUUUCAUCUGACCAUAUGACAUUCUCCCAAUCCUCUUCUGGAUCAUCCAAAUGCACUCUAGCAAACUUCAGACGGGCCUGGACAUGUACUGGCUUAAGUAGGGGGACACGUCUGGCACUGCAGAAUUUGAGUCCCUGGCGGCGUAGUGUGUUACUGAAGGUAGGCUUUGUUACUUUGGUCCCAGCUCUCUGCAGGUCAUUCACUAGGUCCCCCCGUGUGGUUCUGGGAUUUUUGCUCACCGUUCUUGUGAUCAUUUUGACCCCACGGGGUGAGAUCUUGCGUGGAGCCCCAGAUCGAGGGAGAUUAUCAGUGGUCUUGUAUGUCUUCCAUUUCCUAAUAAUUGCUCCCACAGUUGAUUUCUUCAAACCAAGCUGCUUACCUAUUGCAGAUUCAGUCUUCCCAGCCUGGUGCAGGUCUACAAUUUUGUUUCUGGUGUCCUUUGACAGCUCUUUGGUCUUGGCCAUAGUGGAGUUUGGAGUGUGACUGUUUGAGGUUGUGGACAGGUGUCUUUUAUACUGAUAACAAGUUCAAACAGGUGCCAUUAAUACGGGACAGAGGAGCCUCUUAAAGAAGAAGUUACAGGUCUGUGAGAGCCAGAAAUCUUGCUUGUUUGUAGGUGACCAAAUACUUAUUUUCCACCAUAAUUUGCAAAUAAAUUCAUUAAAAAUCCUACAAUGUGAUUUUCUGGAAAAAAAAUUCUCAAUUUGUCUGUCAUAGUUGACGUGUACCUAUGAUGAAAACUACAGGCCUCUCUCAUCUUUUUAAGUGGGAGAACUUGCACAAUUGGUGGCUGACUAAAUACUUUUUUUCCCCACUGUAUGCUUUUGAAUGGGCUUCUAUUUGAAUAGAGUAUAUUCCUGAAAUCCAAUCUUUGUCAAGUGAACACUAAACAGAUUACACAGAGAUCUAGACAAAAUGAUGGACUCUACUAUAUUGCUCCAAUGAUGCCUUAUCCUUUUUAGGAUGUGCGUUCUGCACUUUUUUUUAUGCAUUUUAAAACUUUGCCCUGGUCAAUUGCACUUUUCCACGGGAGGUUGGUGGCACCUUAAUUGGGGAGAAUAGGCUUGUGGUAAUGGCUGGAGCGGAAUCUGUGGAAUGGUAUCAAACACAUGGUUUCCAGGUUCCGUCAUUACUAUGAGCCGUUCUCCCCUCAGCAGCCUCCACUGCACUUGCCAUAUCGCAUUAUCUAUUACCGAUAUAAAAUACAUAAACCUGUAGAUUUGAUCAAUGCAACAUUCUGGUGAUAUCAGAGUUAAAAGCAUGGAGUGUUCUGGGACCUCCCUACAGUAAAUCAAAGAGAUCUGCUUGUCCCAGGCUAAUAUUUGACCGAUGAUUUAUAAAUGAUAUACACUAGAUGACUGACAGGGGGCGCUGUUUUGAGGCCACCGCACCUCCAUCUUGUCACAAUAUGACCCGUUGUAAAAAAAAUAUUUUGGAAGCUAUAGAAAUGCAUUUAUUAAUGUCUACAUUAGUUUUUGCCACAUUUAUUAUAUUACAGACACCUUAAUUCAUACUUUUAAAUUAUAUUAUGUGAGCUAAACAUUUGUUUUAAAAAUAUAUAAAAACAUUUUCCUUAAAGCUGCAAUAUGUAACUUAUUGGACGACCCAACCAAAUAGAAAUGUGAGUUAUAGAUCUAUCAUUCUCAUUGAAAGCAAGUCUAAGAAGCGGUAGAUCUGUUCUAUGUGCGCUGUUUCUAUGCUUUCCGUUCUUAAGUUUAGUUUUUUUCUUUUACUUUCAGUUUUGUACACCAGCUUCAAACAGCUGAAAAUACAAUAUUUUUGGCUAUUGAAAAUAUAUUUCACAGUGGUUUAGAUGGUACAAUGAUUCUCUACAUUCUCUAUGCUUGUUUUGUCACAUAAACUGAAAUUAGGCAAACUAUUAGAAUUUCAGCAACCAGGAAAUUGCCGAGUGAUUUCUGCAUAUUGCACCUUAAAGUCAAAUGUUUUAAAAGUACUAAUGUUACUGUCCCCACUACAACAACAACUAUAUUUAAAUACAUGUAAUUUUGUCCUUGAAACUUUUAAUUGAAAUACUGUAGAAUUCCAUUCAUUCCUAUGGACGACUGCUCCUUCUGAGGAGUGCCAAUAUGGCCGACGUGGCUUCAAAGCCUCUCAUUGGCCAAUACAUAGCAUUAGCAAUCCAGGGUUUAUAUACACAUCAUUGUAUUUUACCUGUAAAUAAAGGAUAACUGUAAAACUACUCCUAUAGCCUUACAGGACAGAUGUUAAAUCCUCUCCUCUUAGCACUCUAGUCUGAGACACCUCAUCCUGUGUCUGUAAGGUUGUAUUUACUGGAAGUGGUUAAGUUAUCUGCUCUUACUGUUUAUCUGCCCAUACAGUAGUAUAACCCAGUCCAGAGAGAUAGAUUCCCUCAGAGGUAAUGUCUGAGCUGCUCUGUUUAGAGCUUCUCUUCCUGUCUUUACUGAGAGGGAGGAGGAGCGGUUUAAAGGGUGACCACCACCAUUUACUGACUGUAGGAAUAAUCUUUUGUCGAUGCGUUCACGUCAGUUAGCUUUUUGGUGGAAAGACUUUGACAUACAGACAGGCCAGGAUUGGGGUAGGUUAUGUAUGAUGUGAACAUGUACAGUAUAUAAAGGUUGUUUAAUUGUACUCUGGCAAAAGCAAGAAGUGUCAAGGAUUUGUAUGUUUUUAUCGAUCUGUUGCCAAAUGCAAAAGAGUGACGCUCUUUGUCAGUGUGACAUUUUCUUCUCAGAACUUGUGUGUAUGUUUAUGCUAAGAACUGUGUUCUCUUUACAGAAUUCAGCUCAGAGGAAGAGGAUGAUGUCAACAGUGACUAUGCAGACAGCACAGAGGAAGAGGAGUCCAAACUGACAGCUCAAACCCUAGCCACCAUGCAGGUAGGCCAUACACUAAUAAAACAAUUUUAAAUUGUCACACACACCAGAUAGGUGCAGCAAAAUGUGUUGUUUUACAGGGUCAUAGUAGUACGCCACCCCAGAGCAAAUUAGGAUUAAAUGCUUUGCUCAAGGACACCUUGUCGGCUCGGGUAUUCGAACUAGCAACCUUUCGGUUAAUGGCCCAAUGCUCUUACCGCUAGGCUACCUGCUGCCCGACUUUAGCUAACCUAGAAUAUUGGAAUAGUGGUAGAUUAUUUUGUCCUAAUCAUGUCACAUUGAAUCUUGCCUAACCACCACUAACCACCACAUAUUUUAGUUAUCAACAUACUGUGGCGAUCUUGCACGCUCAUCUCUCUCUCCUCAAAUCAGAACCCAGAGCUUCGUGGAGGACCUGGGAUGGGAAAGCUAUCCCAGGAUGCUGUGGGAGAGGGCCAGGGGCUGGUGGAGGUGAAACAGUUGGUGCAACAGAAGAGGGUGGUGGAGAGAGAACUGCAGGAGCUUAAGGUUCAGCUGGAGAAGGCUGGCUUCUCCUCCCUGUCCCAGAUG